AUGGACGAGGACCACACGCUCGGCAAUGCCUUGCGCUAUAUGCUGAUGAAAGACCCGCGCGUCGAAUUUUGCGGUUAUACGAUUCCCCACCCGUCGGAGAGCAAGAUCCACAUGCGCAUCCAGAUGUAUGAAAACACCACCACCGCCGUCGAGGCGUUCACCGACGCGAUCGCGAACCUGGACCAUGUCUUUGACACGAUCCAGGACCGCUACACCAAGAGCCUGGACUCGGGCGAGGUUCAAAAGGAAGCGGUGCCUCCGCCGUCCAUCUCCCGCCGUCCGGAAUUCUCUGGAUAA